UCAAGUAAUCCUAAAACUGACAAAAAAAAAAAAAAAUUGGGACUGUAUAGUAAAGAUGUCCCUCUGAAUCUGAUUCUCCAGUUCGGUUUAUACAUCUCUUUCGGCGACAUCUCCUUCUCCGCACACGCCUUUCUUCUUCGUCUCCAUCGGCAAGAACAUCGGUUCUCCUUUUUGGACCGCCAUUAAAAUCCACUAACAGGGGGAUGGAAAGUGGUUCCUCCACAUAUGGCACUAUGUCUUUAUUGUGUGGUCAAGGGACAUUCUUGCCUUCCAAGACAUUACUGAGGCGGAUGUCUUUUAAAUUAAAAUCAGAACCUCAGCUGGACCUUUGCCAUGGUCUUGUUUCUCUUCAGUCUUCUCAGGUGUUUACUUGUAAGGAACUCUAUGUUGGGGGCUCUUCACAUAAAAGGCUCACUUUGAGUUAUUCAAAUUUUUAUGCUCACAAUACAUAUCUAUGUAUUCCAAGGAAGCAUGACAUUGUAUCGCGGUGUUAUUCUGAUAAACAGGAGAAACUUAACAUACCACAUUAUGAUGUGACAAUGAAAAACCGAGAUAAGAUCCCCAGGCAUGUAAUUAUGAGAUCUGAACUUACUGGAACUGGCAUUCCUGAGGCUGCUUCCCCAUUAACAGACAUCAGUCUGCGCUCAAAAGUUAGAGGGAUUUGCUUCUAUGCUGUUACUUCUGUAGUCGCAAUUUUUCUGUUUGUGCUGAUGCUGGUGGAGCAUCCUUUUGUACUCUUGUUGGAUCGAUACCGAAGAAAAGCUCAUUAUUUUAUUGCUAAAAUGUGGGCAAGUUUAACUGUUGGUCCAUUUUUUAAGAUUACAGUUGAGGGAUUGGAGAAUUUGCCUUUGCCGGAUACUCCAGCUGUUUAUGUCUCAAAUCAUCAGAGCUUUCUAGACAUAUAUACUCUUCUCACUCUUGGUAGAGCCUUUAAGUUCAUCAGCAAGACUAGCAUAUUUCUCUUUCCUGUUAUUGGAUGGGCCAUGUUUCUGUUGGGUGUGAUUCCUUUAAAGCGCAUGGACAGCAAAAGUCAGUUGGACUGUCUCAAGAGCUGCAUGGAUCUUGUAAAGAAGGGGGCCUCUGUAUUUUUCUUCCCAGAGGGAACACGCAGUAAAGAUGGAAAGUUAGGUGCUUUUAAGAAAGGCGCUUUCAGCAUUGCAGCAAAAACCAAAGUGCCAGUAGUGCCUAUUACUCUUAUAGGAACUGGUAAAGUCAUGCCUUCGGGAAUGGAGGGUAUUUUGAAUAGUGGAUCAGUUAAGGUCAUUAUUCACAAGCCCAUAGAAGGAAGCGAUCCACAAGUACUGUGCAAUGAAAGUAGAAACAUAAUUGCAAAUGGCCUUCUCAAUCAUAAUGCCUGAGAUAGUCACUCCCACUUUUUGUUUGGUCUGGAAGACAGUGCAAAAUUUGUAUGGUCUGGAUUCAUGAAAUAUAACCUCAAGUUUCAGAUGGGAGUGACUGAAGAAAACGCAUCUAAACGUGUCAAAGCCAGUUGAGAAAUUCUUUGUUUUAUUUCAAUAAUUUAUGAGCAGUAAUUUUCUCGGAUGGUUAGUGAUAGGAACUGGCAUAUCUUUCUUCUCCCUUUUAUAUACACCACAACAACAAGGAUGGGUCAGUCAACUUACUGGUUCACUGGCUUUUAUCAGUUCUGGUCUUUCUGCCUUGAUGAUUUGUUUGACUUCGUCAAUUUGGUGGAGUUGACAAAUAUAUAUAUAUAUUUUUAUUUAUAGGAGUUUCUUAGGUAGUGCUAUUACUUUUGCUCCUACUAUAGGGUAUUUUUUUUAUUUUCGGUGCUUAGAGAUAUUAUAACUCAAUUUUUUUUGUAUGAUAGUGUACAUAAUAAUUCUAGUAGGUAUUUCACUAAUUUUCGGGAAAUUUCAAAUAAUUUACAGUGUUAAA